AUGUCAGACAUCGAAGAAGCAACAGUCACGUUCCGCAAGUCGGACAUGCAAGUGAAAUGGCUGGCCAAGGAACGACUGACUCUUCUUCAACUCGCGGAGAAGUCGGGGUUGAAGCCAGAUUUUGGUUGUCGGUCUGGCGCCUGCGGGACAUGCGAGGUGAGAUUAUUGAAAGGCACGAUUGAAGGGUGUCUCGAGGGCGACGAUGGCGUUCUGAUAUGUUGUUCCAUUCCCGCCAGCAUAGAGAUUGAACUCGAGUUGUGA